CUAGAGGCUGAUAAAGCGGAAUCCACUGCGACACAGGCCUCUCCUAGAGCUACAACACCUCUUUCUCCCCUUCUGAGGGAACCCGCAGGCGUCGCAGUGGAGAUGCUUGACUUAGCGCACUCAGUCUUCAAUGCCGUCACUGGGGUAAGUGAGGAGGACGAAGUGCGGGAAAUCAGAGCUUUUCGACCGAUCCAAGAAUGGCGUGAGAUCUGCACUAAUGUGGGUUUUAGAGACGCAAUGCUCUUCGAAAUAGAGCCUGAGGACUGCACGUGGGACGAAAUGCUGCUUUUCUGUAAACCGGAAGAGGACGCAGACGUAGAAGGUGAAGGAAAACAAGAAAAUAUUGAAGCUGUUCAACGUGAUCGACUUGAAGAAGGAGAACGGAUAGUACUGAAGGAACAAAGUCCUCCUACUGAGGCUGGGAAGGACGCGGAUUCGGACCUCCAGACAGUCGCAAAAGAACAGCUUCCGCCACCUCCAGUCAUCGACAUUAUCAAGACCAUUCUUGGACAAAUCCCCGCUUCUGCUGCGAACAGCCUUGCUAGCCUACUCACAACAGUAGGCGACGACGUAUUGCCAGCAAUAGCGCAGAAACUCCAGAGUCUGAUAGAAAAAGACGUUUUAGUACCUAAGGCCAUCUUCGCUGAGAAGUUGUUUCCCGCAGUGGGUCAGUUUUUGGACACCUGUAAAAGAGCGAUUCAGAAAAUCAGGGAUAUGCUGGAGAAGGUCAAAGUCAGAGACAUCAUGCAAAUCCCGGAUGACGUGGUACCAGGAGAACUGUUCUUGAUUGUGCCUUACUUGCAAUGGAGAGAGAUGGAGCAGAGCCAAGCCAAAGAACGUGAACCUAUAGCCAAAUCAACAUCUCCAUCUACCUCAGCGUCCUCUGAAUCUCCGAAGCUUGACGACAUGGAGCGGAUGGCACUGCAAUUCUGUAGAGACUACCUUCCAUUUCUGUUGUUACCAGAGAAGGACAUUUCGUCGGGAGUGCGUCGGUUCUCACGAGGGGGCGAACCGGGUAAGCAUCUUCCAGGGUCGUCCUUAUCGUCCAGUGGAAGCGAAGUGAACGCCAAUGAAAAUAGCAGUGCGAUAUAUCAAACAUCAAGGGAAGGCCACGACAUGGAAAAUCACCAAAAGUCCUAUGCGUCUGCUCCCUCAGCCAGUGCCACGGUAGUAUGGCAGGACGCCCUCAGCCGACCCUCCAAUCGGGAACUGAUCGCACAGCCGGUCGUUACGACAGGCAUGGUGUAUCGAGAGUUGCUUCUCCUUGACGCAGACUUACCAGGUUUGUGCAAACCCGAAACUUUAGCUAAAACUGGUUUCACUGUCAGACAGCAAACGGCGCUUAUAGCGAAAUUUGGAGGUGGGAAGAAUUUACGCGAUGCAGCUGAAAAUUUGGCAUGGUUUUUAACGCCAGAAAUCUGGCGAGACGUACUCGAAGCUGUAGACGAAGUGGUGAGACACGCUCAUAGUUCUCCAACAACAACAUCUGCGCCAUCUUAUUCGCCAUUGCCUUCACCAAGAACCCUCCUCGAG